UUGCGGAACUCUGCAAGCUUUUUAACACUUCUAGAAUUUCAGUUCGACCGCGCUAUCCAUCGACUUUACGCGGAUCCUGGCCAAGUGUGCUCGAAUCAAGUAGCGGACCGCCUAUUCCAGCGUUUAUACUGGGCCCUAAGAGCUUUGCAGUUCAAGGUUUUCUACAGAAACGAAGAGCUGGACGUGGACGAAGUUGCGGAUCGUUGGGAGGUCGGUGUCCGUCCUCCUUCGCUCGAUGAGCUAGCACGAACUACUCGUUUCAACCGAAGAUGGAUCAAAUACAUGUAUGCAAAGUUUAAAAAUAACUGGAAUUAG